UGAACGCGGCGCUGGCGGUUAAAUCGAGUUCCCCUCAGGAUUAACAUUAACGGUAACGCUGAGAAAAGCGCGUGUGGUAAGCGUUCAAGAAAGAACACGCGUUAAUAUAAACAAAUCCGUGAUGAUAUUUUGGGUUAGUGCGUCGAAGUAAAGACUGUUCGCGAACUCCUGAAGCGCUAAUCUCCUCAGAUCUGCAUCAGAAGACAUGUCUUCAGCCCGCGGCUCGUCGGAGGAAUCUUUAUUUCAGCCCAGAUCUGAACGAGUUCCGCUCAGAGAUGUCACGUUUCAGAACAAACUGCUGCAUUUGCAGGACGGUCCUAAAACACAGGUUGAAGUCGUCUCUGGUGAAAGCCCGUUUGCAGCGGAUGCAACUGACCAACAUCAGGAUGUCGUAUUAAAGUCCUUCGUGUGUCUUGAAGGAGAAGUCGUCGUUCAGGAUGAAGCUGUAAUGUCAGAGGAGUGUGUUCUCGUCAGGCGGCUGGUGCUGGAAGAACAUGACCCGGAUGACCCGGAUGAGGAGAGUCAUGCUGAUCAUCACAGCAGCCCGUGUAGUGCUUCGUCUGCUCUGUGUCUGGAGGAAGAGGAAAACAUCGCAGUCGGGUCCCUCGUGUGCUUGGCUGGAGAGGUCUCUGAUGAAUCCCUUCUCAUGAAGGCAUCAGGAGCCCACAAUACUCCUGUUUGUAAAGUGAGCGGCCAUUCUUACUGUAUCCGUGCAUCUUUAUGUGAAGAGCCUGAGAAUACAGUGAACCUAGACGAUCACAAUCAAGCUGAUCUCUCUGAAGGACGGCGUGGAGUAUCUCGCGGGGAAGGAGAGAUCACAUUUAAAGGCUUGUGUUGCUCUGGGGGUGAAAUAGAAAUUGCUGCUCUAUCCGGUGUGUCAGAAAUGUCUGCGCUUCUGGAGAAUCUUACAGAGGAACAACGCCGGUCUUGCUUGAGCGACAUCAGUGGAAAUGAUGCUCAGAGCUUCGCUGCUUUGACGCCUGGAAGCAAGCGCGACGAUCACAUUUACUGUCGUGCUGAGGAAAAGUCACGAGUCCUGAAUAUACCUAACGCUGGAGACGAGACUCGGCUUUCCUCGGCGGAGCUUUUGGAGGAGUCUGAGAGCCCAGUCGGUCGCUCGGCGUCGCCUCGUGGAAACAUUGCAGAAAACCAUCAUGAAACUGAAGCAUCAAGCACCGCUGCUAAUCAGGAGUCAAGCCGACGUGAAAGUAAUAUGGCAAGUUCAGACGCUGUAAGCAGCAGUGAUGUCUCUUCGGUCACGACUAAACGCCGUGAGCUGCAGUUUCUGCCAGAAAGCGAUGAGGCGGUUUCACAUUUUGAGGAAAACCUUUAUCCUCAAGGUGCCUUUUGUGAAAACGUUGGCCUAGAAACCAGCGUUCUCAAAGAUACGACACCGGGUUUAAAGGACGAGGAGAUCGAAGUUAUGCGGCUCUGUGAUAGCUCUGCUGAAGCCGUCUCUGUUCUUCCCAGUGUGAUUGCUCUGACAGGUUCCUGCACUCCAGAGACGCCCAGCUUAAACGGGAGUGUGCUGCGUGACCGGACCGUGGAGAACCCAGUGAGCCAUCUGUGGCCGGAGAGUCCCAUGCCGCCUCCGCUGUUGAACUCCACAUCCCUGGCUAAUGAUUUUGGCUGCACACCUGUUCCUCAAGACCCAGCCAAGGACGUGGAACUGAAAAUGGCUUGUGCUCAGAAGUUGUCGAACGGCCCUCAGGUUUUAGGCAGCGGGCCCCUACAGGAGCAGCUCAGACAGAUGGCUGAAUUGUUGAUGGUUGCGUCGGGGAAAGUGUAUGCUCGUGCUCCAGCAGCAGUGAAUCAUCACAGUGCUUUAGUGGGCACUUCUCCGGUAGAGAUGCGUAGCGUGUGCGUCUGGAGCACCCCGGUUCAGCAGAUGGAGCGGAGCACUAAUACUUCAGCAGCGGUGGAGAUAUUACAGACGGUUGAGGUUUCUGAUGCCUGCACUUCAACGGACUCUCUGCUGUGGAACCUGACUCCUGGAAAUCUGGAGCAUCUGUCUCGAUCGGAGUUGGAGCAGAGAUUGACUUCCACGCUCGUCAUGGUGGAGGUGCUUUCCCAGCAGCUCACUUCUGCACGGGCUCAUAAUCCGAGCAAAGACGCUUCUCCAUCAGACCUCAGAGAGAAACUCAUCCAGACGGACCACACUGAGCUCAGACAGAAUGGGACAUACCGAGAUUUGUAUGGCAUUGCCCUGGAGCGAAUUCAGAGUCUCGAGCAUGAUCAGGAGCUUCUUCACUGUUUAUAUGACAGCAUUCAAGCAAUGAGGAUUGGGAUGAAUUCGUUUAAGUCUAGCACAGAGGAUGCCAUCUUCAAGAUGAAACGGAUUGGAAAUACAGUUCAUGUUGAUCAGGAAACUUUAUCUAGACAGGUCAGUCAGAUGAAGUGUCUUUAUGGGAGGUACAAGGAAGCGCUCCGGAGGAUGGAGCAGAAGAUGAAAGACAUGAGACAUCGCAUGGACGAGUCUCUAGAGCAGAAAGAAGCGGCCUUCAGCGUAACGCAGCAGUUGAGGGACUCGCAUGCUGCUCAGGUGGCAGAGCUAGAGCACACUGUCGGGUCUCACCAGGAACUGAUGUCAGCCCUUAAACUGGCUUACCCAUCACUGGUUGAACUGAGCAAGUCAUACAUGGAAUCCAUCAGUGCAGCAAAUGAGCAUUUGAGAAGGAAGCACGAAGAUCACGUGAGCUUGUUAGCGGAGCUGAGGAAGGCUCAAGAGCUGAUCCAGAGGAUAAACCCAGUGCUUCACCAGCUCCAUCAGAGGACUGCGACUGCCGUGGAGAGCAGCAAGCAGCAUCAGGCAAUGAGAGACAGAGCCGUGGAAGAGAGAGACCUGAUGGAAAAUGAAGUAGAGCACAUGAGGUCAAGCUUGCAUGAUGCCAGUCAACAGAUUUCAGACUUGAGCACGCAGCAGACCAUCAUGACUUCAGAGAUGUCUGUGCUGAGAGAGCAGCUGAAUCAGGCAGAGGAGGAGCGCUGUCAGCUGCAGAGGAGGAGCACUGAGCUCUCGGUCACCGUCACCUCCACACUGGCCUCCUACACCUUCCUGGAGCACACCCUCGCCUCCGAGACCAGCAAGUUAGGGCAGUCGGUGUUUGAUGUGCAGCAAGCUACAGAGAGAGCGAACCGUCUCGAGGAAGCGCUGGAGACUUCCAGGAAGCAGCUGGAGGAAUAUGAGGACGCUCUGUCGCAGAGAGCAUCCCUGAUUAAAGAGCUGCACGCUGAAGCUGAGAUUCAUCGCCGCCAGCUCGGUCAACUGGCUCCGCUGCAGUCUGAACUGUCCAGUGCCAAAGAAAUGAGCGAGUUCUUGCAGGCAGAAAACGACCUGGCACGGGAGCAGAUGGAGGAAAGUGAGCGAUUGCUGCGGUGCCACUUACUGGGCCUGAGAGAGAGAAACUUGGAGUGUGAGGACCUCAAACUAGCGCUGGAACACCUGCGGCUUGAGAAGGACUCUCUUCAGGAGGAGCUGGAUAGCACACGAGACAAAGCGCGCAGCAUGCUGCUGGAACAAGGAGAGCAGAUGGCUCAGGCGUCGAAUGAUCUCAUGCUCCUGAACCACAGAGUUUGCUGUCUCACCGGCAUCUUAAAGGAAUCCCUAGCCUCCAAGGAGUCCGAGAGCUCUGAGAAGACACCGCAGCCUCCUCGACAUCCCUCCAGCUCUUUUGUGGAUUCUGUAAUGCUGGCCAUGAUGAAGACACAGGACCCUGAGACCGAGUCUCCUGAGGCUUCAGAGGUGCAACAAGACUGCAUUGGCAGUGGAACCAGUGCUUUUACACGAAUACCACCAACUACACACACAGAACUGAAAGAGGAGAGACGGAGUCGAAUGUUGGAUCGGUUGUGUGAUUUUGGUGAGACCAUCUCUGAUCUUCAGCUCACUUUAGACCAGAUGAGAGUCCAGAGAGACUCGGAGCAGCAGACGCUGAAGCAGUCCAUAUGUGGCCUGCAGGAGGCGCUGCGGGAGGAGUGUGAGAGACGCAGGCUGGAGGUGUCCGAGCUGAGGCAGACUGUGGAGCGACUGCAGGCGCAGGUGGAGAAGGAUGCUGCGCUCCUGCUGCAGAAAGCUCAGGAUGAAAGAAACUUGAGGAAACUAUGUACGGAGCUGGAGGAGAACAUGGAGGCGGCACACAAACACAGAGCAGAGAAUAGUGAGUUGCGUCGUGAGGUUGCUGAUUUGCGGCGGCUGGAGCAGCAGGCACAGGUGGAGGCUCAGGUCUUGAGGGAGGAGCUUAACCGAACGGGCGUCCAAUCAGCAGCCAGCGUCAAAGCAUUAGAUGAAAGAAUCAAAAUGCUCCGAGAGGUAUGGCAGUCUAUCCAGUAUUUUCUGAAACUACAAUAA